CGUAUCUGUUGUAUCUGGGUGAGAUUUAAUCCAGCAACCAAUGAAAAUAAAGCAUCCUGGAAUUGCGUGCUGAUGGAAAUGUCACUCUUGCCUGUCUUCAAAACUUGAGAGCCCUGCAUACAAUAGUUUGUAACGUCAUCACAGUACCUGCGACAUCGAGCAUCAGAACACUACUUUUUGUAUAUUUGUCUGUACCAAUAAAGAAAUAAAACUGCAUUCACAAUUAGUUAGUUCAACGAAUUAAGCAAUAUAAAUGCACACAUACAGACUGCAUAUCCCGAUACUGUGUUCAAUCAAUACAAUAUCACAAAAGAUGCCAAUAUUUUCUUGCCAUUCAUGUUUCCUCUUCCUUGAAUAUAUGUUCAUCACCUAAAUAGCUCACAUGUUGUAUUUCUUUUAAAUUGUUAUGUCAUUUCAUCACAUCACACUCAUGCAUCUAUUUUUUUAAUGAAGCACUAAUCAGGUAACUUUACAACAUGAUCAGUUAUUUUGUUAUUCUCUGUCAUGCUUAUUUAUUUGUUACUGCAGUAUUUGACCUUUUCUGCCACUCAUCAACAAUUUCUUCUCUUUCACAUUUAAUGCGUAACCCCGUACAUCCCAGCAUGCACCUCAACUGCUCCGGCCUCCAGUGAAGCAGCGGUCUGUCGUCCAGGGUCUGCACAUUCGGUUCACAGCACGCGUAGAAAUCAUGCAGAGAAAGAGUUACAAAUAGAAAGCCGUUGACGUUGGUAUCAGCAGUCACGGCGAAGUUAAAGUGAGACUGUUUCUUGUCUUUCUUCUUCUCUCCUCAGGACCAUCUCCACUCUUCCUCUUCCUCUUCCUCUUCCUCAGCCGACUGGUGAUGGAGCCGUGUGGAAGAAACUUCCCCAUCGCACCGCUGCAUCUACGCCUCUCAUCUUCAGAAGAAUCUGAGGGUGAAGGAAAGGAAGUGAGGAGACGAGAGUGAGUAGACGACAUGUCCACCGACGAGGAGCCCACGGUCACUGUGAAGCGGCUGCAGCUGCUGCUGCUCGCCACCUACUGGGGGAUGCAGAUCUGGGUCACCUUCAUUUCAAGCUUCGUAAUGGACAACCACCUGAACCGACACACCUACGGGUUCAUCCAGAGUCGCCUCGUCCCGUUCUACCUCCACCUGGGCUCGGCCUGCGCCUUCUUCAACCUCGCCAUCUACGCCGUGUACCACCCCAGCGACACGCUGGACGACCGGGAAGCCUUCCAGAUCUUCAUCUUCUUCGUGUCGGUGACGGUGGCGGCCGUGAACGCCCAGUGGUUCGGCCAGAUGACGUCAGAGAUCAUGGCCGACAUGCACCUGGUGGAGCAGGCGUGCGGCCUGGGCCAGGACAUCGGGCUGUCGUCGAACCGCGAGGCGUACGCCAAACUGUGCGACACGGACGCCAAGUACCGGCGUCUGAACGGCCGGCUGCGUCUCUACCGGCUGCUGUCCGCCCUCUGCAACCUGUGCUGCGUCGGCUGCAACGCGUGCAGCCUCUGCUACAUGGCGGAGAACCUCAGCCGGCUGUGA